GACGCCUAGAACUGAUACGGCCAGAAGAUACAUGGAUUAUCCACCAAACUGGCAGAGGGGUAAAGUACCGCCAAGGAUAUAUUGUUAAUGAUCGUCCAAAUGUUGUUGCUCAGUUUCAUCGGCCCAGCCCUGCCGUUCGACUCAUCUGAUGCUCUAAUCGUCUUGGUAUGAUCAAGGCAUACCGGCUCAGGUGACGAUAUCAAGACUGACUGGCAAAGCCAAACUCCGACCAUUCUUUUGCGACUCAGACUCAAUCACUUAUCUACUUGGAAGACCCGGCGCAUUUAUACCCAUCUCCUCAAGCACUUCGCCUUUAUUAUACCCGGAUCUCACUGAAAGAUGUCGCAUCUCAUCGGUUAUAAUACAGGCGCCCUUCACCAAGCCAGUAGAGACUUCAACAACAACAUAUCAAAGACAUACUAUCCAUCAGCCACCGACUUGGAUGAAAACCCCGUCAUCCCGAGUCCAGACAUCUUCUGCGAACUCGAUGACUCCCAUAAAGAUAAUCUUCCCACUCCAGUGCAAUGCGCCGUUCAUCUAGAAUUGCUAGAAGCAUUUCAUGCGUUGCGCAUCAAGAUUCUCGACUCAAAGAAACUCGACAAGGCGUUCAACUUGGGCGAACCGACCAAGAAGAUCUAUCGUCGCAAGUAUAUCAAAGGCUUGAAAAAGCAUGUUAAUGAAGAAGUUACACUAAGAAACCCGUCGUGGGAGGCCAAGCGGGAUAAGAAAUGGACGUGGUACCUUGGAGAAGCAGCGCAAAGGUUUUUGGUAUGGGCUGCAAAAUUCAAUGCUUGGUUGACUUCAACAGUGGGCAAAGAUGGUGCCCAUGAUGGAAAGAUUGGGAUAUCAAUGACUGAUACCUCAUGGCUGCCACCCGUGGAUAUUCUGAUGAUUUGGCAUGCUUUCCUCCUUAACCCUUCUGACUAUCUGGACUACUGCCGAAAUCAGUACUGGGACUACCUCCCAAGGGUCAAUUUCCCAUGGAAGCUUAUUCACGAUUCAAUCAGGUCGCAAGGCCCCAUCCGUGAUGCCUGGGUAGUCACUGGAGAGACCUGGGAAGUUCCCGAAGGAGAAGCAGUCAUUCCAGGUACUCUCCUCAAAUCAAUCAUUCAAAGAGGCAACAUGCAAACACAAGAUAUCGGCAAGCCAUAUGCUUCUCGCUUCAUUGGCAAACUCGUCGACAACGUCGAGCGCCAACGCGUCUUCGUUGAAAAGAUGAACGCUCAUCUAUGGAUACGAAGCCCAGCACUGCAAGGAAGUCUUCGCCGAGCAGUUGAGAGAUACGAGAGGUAUCUGAGGCUUUUCAAACUCUACCCUGGCAAGAUGCUGGUUCCUGCACUUGACAUUGACCUCGUCUGGCACACCAGUCAACUCUCAGCAACAGCGUACAUGAGUUCCAUGGAAGCACGUUGUGGCCGCUUCAUUAAUCAUGAUGACAAGAUUAAGAAAUCGAAACUGGCAGCCGGAAACGAUGAGACCCAGUCUCUCUAUCGUAUUCGUUUUGGAGAGGAGUAUACAGUUUGCUUGUGCUGGGAGUGUCAGGCUAUUAUGUCGGCUGUGGAGGAUUCUGCUGAUGGGGAUGAGUUUCUUGGGGAGUCACCAACUUCAGGGUUUGCUGAGACCCUCGCCGACAAGAUAUUGGCUGAUGUCCAGUAUUAUCGGGCCGUGGAAUCUGCAAGACGGAGAAAUCAUGUGAAGUUGCCAAUUCGCCCAGAGGGCAAGACGCAUUCUCAGAAUUGGCCAUUCGUUGCUCAGUAGACUAUUUUUGAUCAAGAAGUUUAUCCUUGUAAUCUCCGUCUGGCUUCCAGGCUGACAGAUUAUUGAAACGUCCCUGCUCUAAAGCACUAAUCCUUUCUUCGUAGAGUCUCUUGCCAUGAACAGUAACACGGCAGAAUAGCAACUUUUGGAACUCCGAAGUACUUACUUCGACAGCUUUGAGACUCAUCUGAUCGUCAACGAAGCGCAUCAACAGAAUAACUCUAGGUCCGACAUGGUGGUAGAAAGGCUGAGGAAAGCGCCAAAAGUUUGAUUCUUUGACAGGAAAGUCUUCAGAAUCGUCUGAAAGAGGGCGUUUUUCAUCUCUAGUAGCUUCUAAAGCAGCGCUGACUAUCCCUUCGCUUGUUUCAAGCUCAGAAAUGGUUGCCUUUGGUGGCAAGUCUAGCAUUGCUCUGGCGACAUCUACCAGAGAUAAGAUGUAUGGUUUGUCGGCUCGAGUAACCACAUCGAACUCGUUGAUAACGUUGACGCACACGGUUCCACUACUUGGCUGAAAUAUGUCAAGAUCAACGUGCUGGGUCAAGCAAGGAGGUGCACCAA